CUUCGUAAACCCCGUCUUUGUUGUUGCACUGACCGGCAAUGGAAUCCGAGACUCUCCAACGACGCCGUUCGAGCAGUGCCAGCCCCAACAACGCGCCUAUCAGAGAGAAGAGGCAGAAACGCAGCGAGGUACUCGCCAAGAAGAAAGCCGUCGAAGAACUCAUCAAAGCCGCACGUGCCGAAAAGGACCAUCUUGCUACUUUUCCCGCGUUUCGCCGUUUCCACUUAAACGGUCUCUCUGUGUGCUUGAAGUCAGGACAUGGCAAUAAACUUUCCUCACCUAUUAAGCAUUAUAUUCAGAGUCUCCUUAAGCUAAACAUGGAAGGACCGUAUGGAUCUGAGUGGACAGAGGAAGAAAAGGUGAAGCGCAGAGAAAUGGUUGCUCCUGAAGCACAUUAUGUAUUUGUGCAUGAGGUUGCCAAUUCAAAUGCUGAUGAGAUGACAAUGAUGUUGACUGCAGCAGAGACUUCAACUUGUUGUCUAGAAGAUAGUGGCCCAUUGGUUGGAUUUGUACAGUACCGCUUUAUUUUGGAAGAAGAGAUACCAGUGCUUUAUGUGUAUGAAUUACAGCUUGAGCCUUGUGUUCAGGGGAAGGGACUGGGGAAGUUUCUAAUGCAACUUGUUGAGCUUAUGGCGCAAAAGAACUGUAUGGGUGCUGUCAUGCUGACUGUUCAAAAAGCAAACACAUUAGCUAUGGAUUUCUAUACAAGUAAGCUGAGAUAUAUCAUAUCGGCUAUGUCACCUUCAAAAGUCAAUCCAAUGGUAUACAGAAUUUUUUUUUUUCCUUUUUCAUGUUAUCAUAUGAAAAUGUUCUGCUAUUUUUUUUUCUUAAAUGCAGAUGGACAAGAGUUAUGAAAUUCUUUGUAAAACAUUCAAUGAUGAAGCUAAAACCAUUUUGGAGAUGCCAGCUGCUUGAGAUAAAGUGGGUCUGACUCAUCCUUGCUCAAAUGUUAUAUAACACGAGGUUGUUGGAAGUGGAACACAAGUAUUUUUCAUGCAAAGUUCGUCUGAAAUUAAGCCAAGAUGAGGGGGCAUGUGCUGACAAGAAUUAUAUUGGUAAAUAAAAGACAAAUGGUGCAUGAUAGGAUUGCGUUCUAUGUUUUAGGAAAAAAAUGAUUCUUUAGGAUAAUGUUAUUUUAUUUUUAGCUUUUCUUAGUAUUGUGUUUUAUGAGGAAGAUUGUAUAUUGGAAAUGUAACAACUGAAUCCAUUCGUCACGAAUAUCAAAAACACUUUGCUUC